AUGUCGCCCUCGGGCGAUCUGCCAGAAACGAUCGCAGUUGUUCCGGGAUUUUUACUCGAGACGUUUUCGCUGUCAUCCGAUGCGGACGACCUCGUUUCGUUUUACACCGGCGACGACGAAACGCACAGACGCACCCCGGUGUCGCCAGAUCCAACGAAACCAUACGUCACAUUGACCUUUGCGCAAUCUUUGGACGCCAAAAUCGCCGGAGCGGAUGGGAAACAGCUUGCGCUCAGCGGAAACGAGAGCAUGGUCAUGACGCACUGGAUGAGGACCAUGCACGACGCUAUCUUGGUUGGCAUUGGGACCGCGUUGAAUGACGAUCCGCAAUUGAACACACGGCAUCUUCCGCCUCUUCCCUUGCAUUAUCCAUACCGAUAUUAUCUACCAAGGCCAGUGAUUCUCGACUCGAAUCUACAUAUCUCGCCCGACUGCAAGCUAUUGAAGAACUACAGAGAAGGCAGAGGAAGGAGACCAUGGGUGAUAUGUUCCAGUUCGAUUGAUCCCUCUGGGAGUGACCGCGAUGCAUUUGCCACACGGUCUGCACGGAGACAAGCAUUGGAGGAGGCAGGCGGAUGCGUCUUAGAGGUUCGCGCAGACCAUGGAAUGAUAUCAAUACCCGAGCUUCUCAGGACGCUGCGGGAUCUGGGCAUCCGCUCGCUCAUGGUGGAAGGAGGGGCCUCAGUGAUCAAGUCGUUUCUAGCUGCCAAUAAGCACCCAGCAGGCCCAGACAAACCAGCAGCAGUCGCAGAGCGAAAUUUCCUAGAUAUGGUCAUUAUUACCAUAGCACCUACGCUAGUCGGAAGGGAGGGUAUCUUCUACGGUUCCGACUUACUUGCUGAAGAGCUGCCUGCCCUGCGGCAUCUCAAGACAGAAUUAUUCGGUCAAGACGCUGUGGUGGCAUUGAGGGCCGUGCUGGAACGACCUGCUCGCACAGAGCAAUGA